CACGCGGCUUACCUGUCGACCGACGUUUUUUCCCCAAAGAAUAAUCCGAGUGCGCGCGUUUGUUCCAGGUGUCUGUCUCUGUGUGUGUGUUUGCGUACCGUAGCUCUCUUCUACACGCGCGUUUAUCAGUGUGUGUGUGCGUAUUCAAUUAAUUACAAAAGCAAAAAAAGAAGCAGCAGCUCUGGGAAUUGAAUGAAAGAAAGGCAAAACCCCCGUUGAAAAAGAGUGUAUGCAAAAUAGUAGUUGCGUGAUACAAAAAGGCCAUCAAAAGAGGCAGCAACAAAAGAGGGAGCAGAAAGGUGAUUAAUUCACUUAAAAGUGCAAUUAAACAGCAGCAGCGGCUGCGACUACAAGCAGCAAAAUCAUUGGAGCAGCGCAAGGUGCAGACAAGAUUGGAUGCGAGUCUCCAACGUCAUGGUAUGAAGGAGCCGACGAACACUUUGGAUGAAAUUGUGCCCAGCAGGCUGACAUCAGCCGAACUGAGGGCGAUGGCCUUGAGACAGCAGCAGCAGAUCGACAGCCAGCACCAGCUGCUGGCCACCAAGGAGCAGCGGCUGCGCUUCCUCAAGUCCCAGGAGGUGCGCAGUGCCGUGGCCAGUGCCGAGGGCGAGCGACUGCGACGCCUGAGGGAGCGCGUGGAGGCGCAGGAGUCCAAGCUGCGGCGCCUUCGCGCGUUGCGGGGUCAAGUGGAUUUGCAGAAGACCUACAAUGUAACCCUGAGCAACGACUUGGACUCGAUUCGUGCACUGUUCAGCGAAAAGGAAAAGGAACUGAGCCUGGCCGUUGCCAAGGUGGAGGCGCUGACGCGGCAGCUGGAGGAGUUGAGGCGGGACCGCCGCUGUCCGGUGAAUCUGCUAACGGCCACAGCGGGCAAUGGCGUCGGACAGGCACUGCCCCCACAGGCAUCCCGCGAGCUGGAGAAACUGCGACGAGAGUUGAUGUAUCGCAAUCAGUUGUCACUGCAACAGGAUGCCCGACUGCACAUGCAACGCGAGGCGCUGCAGCAGCGCCAGGCAGAGCUGCGGUCCGUGGAUCAGCGAAUCUACGAGCUGCAGACACGGCUCCAGCGCAAAAAGCAAGCGAAUACCCACCAUCAGCAGCAGCAGCAUCUGCAACAGCAUCAGCAGCAGCAUCAACAGUUGCAACAGCAGCAGUUGCAGCAGCAGCAGCAGCAGCAGCAGCAGAAGCAACAGCAGCAGCAACACCAACAGCAGCAGAAACAUCAGCAGCCACAUCAUGCCCCCGUGCCCGUCGCGAACCUGUCCUCAAAGCACGGCGGAGUGGCUGCCCUCAAGCAGCAGCUGCUGCAGAAGCAGGUCAACCAACUGGCGGCUGCCGCAGCUGCUGCCGCCGCCGGCCGGGCGAGAGGCAAUGUGGCCGCCGUUGAGCCCUUCAUUCACACGCCACAAAAGUCCACCAUAACGAGCACCGCCAGCUAUUUGAGCGGGGGCAAUAUGCUGAAGCAUGCCGCGGCCACGGCCAACACCAACCAGCAGAAUCAGCUCAUCCAGGAUCUGACCCACAUGAAACUGGGCCAGGGCAGUGGUGGAGGCUUCUUUGCCGGCUCAGUGCCCGUGCCCGUGCCCGUGCCAGUGUCCGUGCCUGGUGCCAGCUCCAGCAGCGAGAGCGAUGAGUCGAAGCUGGCCAAAAAGCUGCUGACUGCAGUGCCAAUUGCAGUCACGGCGCAGACCAAAACGGGAGCAGAGCUGCGGAAGCAGGCACAAACGGAGGCCAUGGACAGCACCACCCAUAUCUAUGCAGAAGUGGGGCCCAAGAAGCGGGACAGGGAAGCGGCCGCGGCAGCGGCAGCGGCGGCAGCUGCAGCAGCUCAGGCUCAAGCGCAAGCAGCGGCCGAGGCAGCAGCUGCAGCCACAGUGACUCCUCCUGCCUCCACGAAUGCCAGCAAAAUACCCAAGAGCAUAUCCAGCAGCGGAGGCACCAGCUCCGCUUCGGCGCUAAUCAACAAACUCAAUCAGCAGGUGACCAAGGAGAGCCAGGCGGAUCCAGGACACCAGCAGCAGCAGCAGAAGAAGAACGAGAUUGCGGUGACCAGCGAGACGCUCUCGGAGCGCAGCAACCAGCAGCAGUUGACGGUGCACAGCAUGCCCCUUGGUGCCAUCAGCAAGUCGGUGGCUCUGGCCGUGUCCAAUGCCGCCAAGCCGCUCCAGGUGCAGGUCACCAAUCUGGCCGUGCCGCCCCGCAAGCCCAUCAGCAGCGUAGCCCCCAAUUCGGCGAGCGGCAGCAGCAGCAGUGGCAGUGGCAGUGGCAGCUCCAUACCCAAAAUGAUCACCUACAGUCCGAAGGUGAACCGUGUGGCGCCCAAUGUGGUGCUGGCCGAUCCACGCCCUGCCCUGCCGCCCAAGCCCAGCAAGAUGUCGCCCACGGAGCAGUCGUCGUCACCCCCGGCAGAUCCAAGUUCCAGCACGACAUCCGCCCCUCCCCCGACAGUCGUCAAGUCACAGAGUCAGGGGCAGGGUCAGGGUCAGGGGCAGGCACAGGUGCAGGCCACCUUCGGCUUGCAGUCGCUGAACAUCAACGACAACCUGCCCAUCAAGGCCAAGCCACUGACCAUCCGCAAGCAGCCGCUGUUCGAGCAGCCGCGACUCAAGUCCAGCCAAACGGGCCAGACGGGGACCAAUGUCGGCCAGCCCAAGCAGCCACUCCAGUCGCAGCGGAAGUCGGAGCCAGCCAGACCGCCCCCGGAAGCAGCUAAAACUUCGCCCGAUCCCUCGCUCCAGCACUCGCCCAGCAGUGAGUCCAGUGUGGAUGAGCCAGAUCGUGUUGUUCCCACAAAGGCUGAGCAGGAGUCACCUGUGGCAGCAGCACCCACCGUGACCAGCACCACGAGCAACAUCAAGGAGCGAACGGGAGCGGGUGGCAAACCGAAGCUGGGCCGACGCGUGAGCUUCGAUCCGUUGGCCCUGCUGCUGGACGCCAGCCUCGAGGGCGAACUGGAGCUGGUGAAGAAGACGGCGAAGCAGGUGGCCAAUCCCAGUGCGGCCAACGAUGAGGGAAUCACCGCGCUGCACAACGCCAUCUGUGCCGGGCACUUUGACAUCGUCAAGUUUCUGGUGGAGUUUGGCUGCGAUGUGAAUGCCCAGGACUCGGAUGGCUGGACGCCGCUGCAUUGUGCGGCCAGCUGCAACAACCUGUCGAUGGUGAAAUUCCUGGUGGAAAGCGGAGCCUGCCUAUUUGCCUCGACGCUCUCAGACCACGAGACGCCGGCGGAGAAGUGCGAGGAAGAUGAAGAGGGCUUCGAUGGCUGCUCAGAGUAUCUGUACAGCAUCCAGGAGAAGCUGGGCAUCCUGCACAAUGGCGACGUCUAUGCUGUGUUCUCCUACGAGGCACAGAACGGGGACGAGCUUUCCUUCCGCGUCAACGAGCCGCUGAUCGUGCUGCGGAAAGGCGACGAUGCGGAGAACGAGUGGUGGUGGGCGAGGAAUGCCGGUGGCGAGGAGGGAUACGUGCCGCGAAACCUCUUGGGUCUGUACCCACGUGUGCCGCCCCAGUCGCCGCACUACGGCGAUUAGCAGUUAAUACGCUUCACCAUACUGAAGCGCAAGGCUGGCCGACUCAUACAGAAGCGCUACAUCUCCAAGUACAUCUAGGGCUCAAGCUCGAUGCUGAGCACGUGCCACCGCAGAGAGUCAGAUGGGAAUUAUUUAUCACGGCUCCAUGUUUCUUUUUGUUAACUUUUUUGUUUUGGGAAAAGCAACACAAAGGAUGAACGACAAAGGAGAAUAUUAAGACGAAAGUAAGGAGAAACAGAAGGAGGAGCCAGCCAUAUGCUCAUCCAUAUGGUAUGUGUGUCCCAUGUAUCCAUGUGUGUGCCUGCAACAUUUGCCACCGACCGACUGCAGUUCCAGCUCUAUUCUCCGGCUAAGAGUAUCUAUUUAUCACGACGACUGGCCCAAUUAGCCCGUCUUUGGCCUACCCACCACUCAGCCCCCUUCAUACGUACAAAAGCAAAUUGAAUUUCACUUUAGCCCCCCACCCACUCCUUCCCUAGUUAGAUUUAAGGCCUAGACUAUUAGUAGCCCGCCUGCUAGCCAACAGAACUUUCUCCAUAAAAGUUUAAAUUGAAAAU